UCCAACAUCUCAUUGGCCAAACCAUAACCUUCCCUGCAUUACUCACACUAGGAAAGGAAAUAACUUUUGCUCUCAUGGCACCUGCAAUCACCUACAAUUCUUUCCACCUCGUUUCCAGUCCUCGCUCAAAGCCCAACCACGCUAAUGUCUCACGGAAGAGCAUAAUAUUAUCUGCAGCCAAACAGAACGCUUUCAGUUUCGGAAGGCGGCAAAAGAAGUCCGAAGAUGAAUCUCAAUCCACCGAACAAACAAAACCCAACAACGGUUUCUUCUUUGAUUUUGGUAAGAUUCCAGACCCAAAAUCUCUGGUGCCAAUUGUCUCUUCCCCAUCAACAUCAAUGUUUGGAGGCAGACGGAAGGAUCCUGACACCGUCUUCGUCGCUGGAGCCACCGGACAAGCAGGAGUUCGCAUUGUCCAGUCACUCUUACGCCAAGGCUUUUCAGUUAGAGCUGGAGUUCCUGACCUUCCUUCUGCUCAAGAACUUGCCCGUCUUGCUUCAACUUAUAAGAUCAUCUCUUCAGCUGAAUCCAAACGAUUGAAUGCAGUCGAGUCUACAUUUAACAGUGGACUUGAGUCCAUCGCGAAGGCCAUUGGUCCUGCAGCGAAGGUGGUGGUCACUAUAGGUCCGACAGAGAAUGGGCCAUUAGGUGAAGUGACCACCAACAAUGCCCUGGAGGUUAUCCUUGCAGCGCAGCUCAGCAAGGUCGAUCAUGUUGCGGUUGUUUAUGACUCGGUGACUGGAGUUUCCAGUGCUUCAUCAGGCAAUGUGAUUGAUGGGAUCACCACCUUCUUUUCUAACCUCUUCUCUGGCUCACAGUCACUGACGCUUAGUGAGUUCUUGAAUAAGAUUGUUGAGACUGACGUGAGUUACACUCUCAUCAAGACCAAGCUCACUGAAGACUUCUCCGCUGAUAGCUCUUAUGGCCUUGUUGUGUCUAAUGAGGGUAGUAGCACCACCGAGUUCAAGGUGUCCAGAACACAGAUUGCAAAACUGGUGGCUGAUGUUUUCUCCAACACUUCCAUUUCAGAGAACAAGGUGGUUGAGGUUUCAGCUAGUCCUUCAGCGCCUUCUAAAUCAAUAACUGAAAUUUUCAGUGCCAUCCGUGAAGAUGGACGGAGAAAAGCAUAUGCUGAAGCUGUAGCAAAGGCAAACGCUGAGGAAGCACUAAUAGCUGCAGAAAGAGCUCGUGAAACAGAAGAUGCUGCUAAGAAGCUCAAGGAAGAGGUAAAGAAGGCAUCAACAAAGGAAUUCCAAGCUGAUAGCAUUGCAAAAGAAGCUCAGGAAAAAGCAGCAGCUUCUCUGAAUGACAUUUUAAACAAGGCAAAAGAUUUUAGUGGAGAUUUCUCCUGGGACAAUCUAAGCUCAAAGUUUGCAGCUGCAGUUCCUCAAAAGUCUGAAGAAGAACAACAGAAAACUCAGAUAGCAACAGUGAGGGGUUCAGCGAGAGCUCGCAAAUUGACACCUAAAAAAGCUGUGGUGAAGCAAACCACACCAAAACCAAAACCAAACACCAAACCAACACCAACACCAGAGGUCAGGAAGGUGCUUGGUGGUCUUUUCAAGCAAGAAACUAUUUACAUUGAUGAUGAAUGAGAACAUUAAUUCUCCUGUUUCUCCUGCAACUUGUAUUUCCAAUGUAAGUAGGAAAGUAAAGAGGUUAAUUUUUGUGAUGCAUAAUUGUCAUCGCGGUUGAAGAGUUAUUAAUUAAUCAUUAUGAAGAAAUUUCAGCAA